CCGGCCGGCCGGACAUGGGGCCCGCGGGGCGGCUGGUGACCAUCAAGAGGAGCGGGGCGGACGGAGCGCCCUUCCCGCUGACCCUCAGCAGCUGCCUGUUCGGAAGGGACAUCGAGUGUGACAUUCGCAUCCAGCUCCCGGUGGUGUCCAAACAACACUGCAAAAUCGAGGUCCAUCAGCAGGAGGCCACCCUGAUUAACUUCAGCGCCUCGAACCCAACCCAACUCAACGGCAGGGCCAUUACGCAGCCCGUCCGCCUGCAGCACGGGGACGUGAUAACUAUUGUCGAUCGUUCUUUCAGGUAUGAAGACGCCCGUCACCAGGAUGGGGACAGACCAGCCACGAGUGCGGGGCGGAGACACUCACAGGGGUCUCUGCACCUGCUCGCUGCACCCGGCUCAUCAGGCCACGACGGGAAAGUUCCAGGCUCCGGAGUCCGUGAAGAGAAGGUUCCGGGGCGCUCCGGGGUGCGUUCGAAGAGCCUCGGGGCCGGCAGGAGAACCCCGGAGCUGGCCGGGGAGCCGGGCAGGCCCCCCGGGACCCCGGGACCCGAGAAGGGCCGCACGAGCCUCUCUCCGUUCCAGCAGCUCUACGAGUCGCUGAAGGAGGAGCUGGACGGCCGGGCAGAGAAGGAGAACGUGCCCGGGGCCCCUCGCAGGAGGUCGGGCUCGGCGGGGCCCGGGCGGAAAUCGGCCCCGGCGCCCGCAGAGCAGGGGCACACCCCGAAGGAGCGGCGGGGACCCGGGGCCGACCCCGUGAGCUGUCCCCGUCCAGGCACCCCCCUGGCCAGGAGCCCGGGGCGGCCGGCCCAGUCCCCGCCGACUUCCUCCCGGAAACGGCGGCGCAGCGAGGCCCUGGGUGCUGAGGCCGGGAGGGGGUCUCCGAGUCCGGGGCCCCGGAAGCUCCCAAGGAAAAGCCAGACCCCCACGAAGGCGGAAGGCGCCUCCGUUCCCGGGGACACGCCAGAGAAGCCCCUCGCCGAGAAGCAGAGAAGGCUCAGCUCUGGCCGGGCGCAGAGCCCCUCCGUCCUGGCGCCCCUGCUCACGCAGGGCGCGACCCCGCCGGCCCCCCGGCCUGAGAAAGCAGCCGGGCGCGCGGGCCCUCGCUCCCCUGGCCUGGGCCCCACCGACGUGAGCAACCGCGGGAGCCCCGUUCAGUGGGCGGCGGGCGAGCCGGGGAAGCGCCGGCGGGUGUCCUUCGGGGGCCGCCUCAGGCCCGAGCUGUUCGACGAGAACCUGCCCCCCAACACGCCCCUGAAGAGAGGGGAGACGCCGCGGAGGGCCCGCUCGCUGGCGCCCACCGUGCUCAAGACCAUCAUCAAGGGGCGGCCGCAGAGCCCAGCACGAGGCGCGCCCGGCUCAGGCCCGCGCCAGGAGGCUGCUGGCAGGCCCAGACAGCCCGUUGCGGCCGCGGACACACCCAAGCCGGCCUCGAGGCGGAGCAGCCAGCAGACCCCCCGGAGAGCGUCCCUCGGGCGCGGCCAGAGGGGCAUCCUCCAGAUGAUCCGCUCUAAGAGGAGGAGCGGCGCGUCCGAGGCCAACCUCGUGGUGGCCAGGUCGUGGGCGGACGUGGUGAGGCUUGGCGCCAAGCAGGCGCAGGCGCAGACCAGGGCGGCGAAGCGGGCGCCCGCCCGGCAGCCACCGAGAAGGCAGAGAAGGAUCCAGAACACCCCGAAGAGGCCCGCGGGCAGCGUCCCCGACCACUUCAGCACCGGCCACGCCAACUCGCCGUGCACCAUCACCGUGGGCAGGGCCCACCUGGAGAGGGUGCGAGGCCCGGCCCGCCCCCAGUGGGUGCUGAACCCCCUGGUGUCCGGACACAAGGCGGGCCUCCCCGAAGACCUCUCCGGGCUGGCCGAGAUGUUCCAGACGCCCGGGAGAGGGGCCUCCCCGAGGGGGAGCACGCGUCCCGCCCGCCGGUCCGCCUCCAGGGGUCUGCUGGCGGCAAAGCUGCCCGCCCCCAGCCCCGGCCAGGAGCCCGUCCCCGCUGCCCCGGACACGACAGCGGAGGCCCCCUCGGUCGGGAAGUCCCCACGCACACCGGGCACGGCCACCCCCACAUGCAGAGGACGAGCCAGUGACGCGGGAAAGCUCAGGUUUCUGCAAGAAACUCCACAGCAGGACCCGGGCCCGGCAGAAGGCGGGACUGAAGCCCCAAGGCGGCCGCGGACCCGCAGGGUGAAGGCGCAGCCCCUUGAAGACCUGACCGGCCUGGAAGAGCUUUUCCGAACCCCAGAGCAAGUCAAGGCAGCAAGGCCUGAGGACGGGCCCUGCCCAUCUGCCAAGCCAGAGCCAGCCGGCACGCCCAGCUCCAACAGGCGACUCAAGACACCGUCCCGGGGCCUGGCGGAGCCCCCCGCAGCCAGCACGACCCCCCACACACCAGGGAGGGCCACCCCCACACACAGAGAGCCAGCGGGUCUGGAUGGAGUCACGGGGCCACAGGAGGCUGCAGGGCAGGACCUGGGCCCGGCAGCAGGUUUCACGGGGACCAAGAGGAGGUCAAGGACCCCCAGAGUGAAGGCGCUGCCCCUCGAAGACCUGGCCGGCCUGGAAGAGCUUUUCCGAACCCCGGAGCACGUCAAGGCAGCAAAGUCAGAGGACGGGCCCUGCCCAUCUGCCAAGCCAGAGCCAGCCGGCACGCCCAGCUCCAACAGGCGACUCAAGACACCGUCCCGGGGCCUGGCGGAGCCCGCCACAGCCCGAACAACCCCCCACACACCGGGCAGGGCCGCCCCCACACACACGGGCCCGGCCAGUGACACGGGAAAGGUCAGAUUUCUGCAGGAGACUCCAAAGCAGGGCCUGGGCCCAGCAGAAGCUGUUGGCGGGAGCAGGAGGAAGCCGGGGACCCCCAGAGUGAAGGCGCAGCCCCCGGAGGACCUGGAGAGCUUGGAAGACCUUUUCCGAACCCCAAAGCAAGUGAAGGCAGCAAGGCCUGACGACGGGCCCUGCCCGUCUGCCAAGCCAGAGCCAGCCGGCACGCCCAGCUCCAACAGGCGACUCAAGACACCGUCCCGGGGCCUGGCGGAGCCCCCCGCAGCCAGAACAACCCCCUACACACCCGGGAGGGCCGCCCCCACAUGCAGAGGACCAGCGGGUGAUGCGGGAACGCUCAAGCUACCACAGGAAUCUCCAAAGCAGGGCCUGGAUCCAGCAGAAGCUGUUGGCGGGAGCAGGAGGAAGCCGGGGACCCCCAGAGUGAAGGCGCAGCCCCCGGAGGACCUGGAGAGCUUGGAAGACCUUUUCCGAACCCCAAAGCAAGUGAAGGCAGCAAGGCCUGACGACGGGCCCUGCCCGUCUGCCAAGCCAGAGCCAGCCGGCACGCCCAGCUCCAACAGACGACUCAAGACACCGUCCCGGGGCCUGGCGGAGACCCCCGCAGCCAGAACAACCCCCCACACACCCGGGAUGGCCGCCCCCACAUGCAGAGGACCAGCGGGUGAUGCGGGAAUGCUCAAGCUACCACAGGAAUCUCCAAAGCAGGACCUGGACCCAGCAGAAGCUGUCGGCGGGAGCAGGAGGAAGCUGGGGACCCCCAGAGUGAAGGUGCAGCCCCUGGAGGACCUGACCGGCCUGGAAGACCUUUUCCGAACCCCAGAGCACGUCAAGGCAGCAAGGCCUGAGGACGGGCCCUGCCCGUCUUCCAAGCCAGAGCCAGCCGGCACGCCCAGCUCCAACAGGCGACUCAAGACACUGUCCCGGGGCCUGGCGGAGACCCCGGCAGCCAGCACAACCCCCCACACACCGGGCAGGGCCGCCCCCGAACACACAGGCCCGGCCAGUGACGCAGGAAAGGUCAGAUUUCUGCAGGAGACUCCAAAGCGGGGCCUGGGCCCGGCAGAAGGUGUCAGCUCGAGCAGGAGGCGGCCGGGGACCCCCAGAAGAGAGGCCCUGGAAGACCUGGUGGGCUUCAAAGAGCUUUUCCAGACCCCAGAACAAGUCACGAAACAGAGUACUAGGGCCGGUGGCAGCACACCCCGCUUGCCCUCCGGGUCCGAGCCGGCCAGCAGAGUGAAGAAGCCAUCGAGGGCGUCCCUGGGGCAGAGGGACGUGGAGGGGGGACUCCCCACACCCGGGAAGGACCCCCAUGUGCCGGGGAGAGCCACUCCCAGGCGUGGGGAGCCACAGGGCAGCGACAGGGACCCCCCACUGACAAGGGGGGCUGCAGACCAGGGCCUGGGUCCGGCAGAAGGCGGGUCUGGAGCCCCGAGGUGGCCGCGGACCCCCAGAGUGAAGGCGCAGCCCCUGGAGGACCUGACCGGCCUGGAAGACCUUUUCCGAACCCCAGAGCACGUCAAGGCAGCAAAGUCAGAGGACGGGCCCUGCCCAUCUGCCAAGCCAGAGCCAGCCGGCACGCCCAGCUCCAACAGGCGACUCAAGACACCGUCCCGGGGCCUGGCGGAGCGCCCCGCAGCCCGAACAACCCCCCACACACCGGGCAGGGCCGCCCCCGCACACACGGGCCCGGCCAGUGACGCGGGGAAGGUCAGAUUUCUGCAGGAGACUCCAAAGCGGGGCCUGAGUCCAGCUGAAGGUGUCGGCGGGAGCAGGAGGCGGCCGGCGACCCCCAAGUUCAAGGUGCAGCCCCCGGAUGACCUGACAGGCCUCCGAGAGCUGUUCCAGAGCCCUGACGGCACAGGCGGAGCGCAGGCCGAUGCUGGAGCCUUGGCCGUGCCCCGCACAGCUGCUCGCACACGCUCUGUCCGCACACCAGGGGGCGGGGAGGGGCGUCCCCCCACCCCACGGGCGAAGGAGGACUCGCACCCCACCCUCAGCACGCCCGCCCUCACACCCGGAGGGCACGGCGGGGAGGCCGAGUGGCUGCAGAAGACGCCAAAGCGGGAGCUGACCCCGGCAGCGGGUGCCGGCGGGAGCAGCAGGCGGCCCGGGACCCCCAGAGCCAAGGCGCAGCCCCUGGAAGACGGCGCGGGCUUCCAAGAGCUUUUCCAAACCCCACAGCAGGGCAGGGCCCCGGGGGCCGAGAGCCGGACCAAGGCUCCUUGCUCGUCGGCCAGGCCAGAGCCAGCCAGCACCCCAACGGACACCGACUGGAGACCCAAGACACCGUCCCGGGGCCUGGCGGAGCCCCCCGCAGCCAGCACGACCCCCCACACUCCAGGGAGGGCCGCCCCCACGUGCAGAGGACCAGCCAGUGAUGCGGGAAAGCUCGGGUUUCUGCAGGAAACUUUGAAGCAGGGCCUGGGUCCGGAAGAAGGAGGGUCUGGAGCCCUGCGGCGGCCGCGGACCCCCAGAGUGAAGGCGCAGCCCCUCGAAGACCUGACCGGCCUGGAAGAGCUUUUCCGAACCCCAGAGCACGUCAAGGCAGCAAAGUCAGAGGACGGGCCCUGCCCGUCUGCCAAGCCAGAGCCAGCCGGCACGCCCAGCUCCAACAGGCGACUCAAGACACCGUCCCGGGGCCUGGCAGAGUCCCCCGCAGCCAGAACAACCCCCCACACACCGGGCAGGGCCGCCCCCACACACACGGGCCCGGCCAGUGACGCGGGGAAGGUCAGAUUUCUGCAGGAGACUCCAAAGCAGGGCCUGGACCGGGCAGAAGCUGUCGGCGGGAAGAGGAGGAAGCCGGGGACCCCCAGAGUGAAGGCGCAGCCCCCGGAGGACCUGGUGGGCUUGAGAGAGCUGUUCCAGACCCCCGAGCAGGCCGAGGGCCCCCGCGAGGCCCCGCGCUCAGAGCCUGCGGGGAGCAGCAGGGGGAGGCGGCCCCGCGCGGCUGCUGGACUGGAGCACCAAGGCAAGGAGCUGCCGCCUGCUCGGCGCCGGGCCCCCCGCACAGCCCCCCGCGCGGAAGGCGCCGAACCGCCGACGGAGGAGCAGGAGCUGGAGCCCGCCGGGAAGCUGCCGGCGAGGGGCGGGAGGCCGCUGCGAGCAGCCCGGGCAAAGGCCGGGCCCCCGGAAGGCUCUGCCGCGCUGAGGGAGCCCCCCCAGCCCCAGGAGGACACAGACCAGCCCGCGGCUGUCGCUGAGACCCCCAGAGUGGCCCAUGCAGACCCUCCAGCCAAGACCACCGUCGUGGCAGCCAGAACGAGGCGGGGCCGAGCCCCUGCAGGUCCAGCGCAGGGAGAUGUGGAGCCGCCCGCUGGCCGCCGGCCCACCCGGGCCGCCGCGGUGAGAGCCACGCGCUCGGACCCGGCCAACAGCGAGGGAGGCGCCGCCGCUUCUCUGGGACCGGCCGGGCAGAGGCCCCAGCCUGCAGGAGGAGAAGCAGGAAGCAGGAGGCAGCCGCGAGCAGCCCGGGCAAAGGUCGAGGCCCCCGGAAGCCCGGCUGAGCUGAGGGAGCCCCCCCAGCCCCAGGAGGACACAGACCAGCCUGCGGCCGCCGCCAAGACCCCCAGGGUGGCCCCUGCAGACCCUCCAGCCAAGACCACCGUCGCGGCAGCCAGAACGAGGCAGGGCCGAGCCCCUGCAGGUCCAGCGCAGAGAGAUGUGGAGCUGCCCGCUGGCCGCCGGCCCACCCGGGCCGCCGCGGGGAGAGCCGCGUGCUCGGACCCGGCCAACAGCGAGGGAGGCGCCGCCGCUUCUCUGGGACCGGCCGGGCAGAGGCCCCAGCCCGCAGGAGGUGAAGCAGGAAGCAGGAGGCAGCCGCGAGCAGCCCGGGCAAAGGUCGGGGCCCCCGGAGGCCCGGCUGAGCUGAGGGAGCCCCCCCAGCCCCAGAACACAGAUGAGCCCGAGUCCACUGCCGAGACCCCUGGGGUGGCCCCUGCAGACCCUCCGGCCAAGCCCACCGCCUCGACAACGAGGAGGCGGCAGCCCCAGGCCCCAGCAGGUCCAGCGCAAGCUGCCGUGGAGCCGUCUGCUGGCCGCCGGCCCACCCGGGCCGCCGCGGGGAGAGCCGCACGCUCGGGCCAGGCCGACGGGAAGGGGGGUGCCGAGGCCCCUGCGGGACCGGCCGGGCAGGAGCCCCAGCCCGAAGACGGGGCGGCAGGAAGCAGGCGGCAGCCGCGAGCAGCCCGAGCACAGGUCGGGGCCCCCGGAGGCCCGGCUGGGCAGGGGCCCCCCAGCCCCCCAGAGGACACCAGCGUGCCGAGCCCUGAGGGCGGACCCUCAGAGGCGCCCCCCGGGGCCCCCCGGGCAGACUCCGCCAGCCCAGGCAGCAGGAGGCGGCGGCUCCGGACCCCAGCGGGCAGAGAGGAGGCGCCCGCCCGCCCGAGGGCCAGCAGAGCUGUGGGAGAAGCCGCGAAGGGUCCCCGGGACGCAGCCACCACCUCACCCCAGGGACCCGCCUCGCAGAAGCCGGGCUCGGGCGACCCCGAGAGCGGGAGCAGGAGGCCGCUGCGGGCCCAGGCUGGCACCCCGGGCGAGGAGGCCAGGCCGAGUGUGCGAUUCCAGCUGGCCCAGGCGGCCGGCGCCCAGGCUCCGGAGCACACAGCCCUCGGCACGCGGCAGCGGCCGGCCAGGACUCCCCGGGGCCCGCCGGCAGCGCCCGUGGAGGAGCCGGGGAGCAGCGCAGACCCCGGGGCGUCCCCCAGCCAAGGCCCCGCUCUCCCGGCAACCCCAGCCGGGCGGGUCACCAGAGGGAAGAGGCAGCGCCCGGAGCUGGCGGCCGAGGAGAGGCCGGUGCAGAAGAAGCAGCGGGGGGCGCCCCCGGACCCCGCCGUCACGGCGCAGAGCCAGAGGGUCCGGGCCCGGGGGGCGCAGCCCACGGCGGAGCAGCCCGGCGGCACCGAGCAGGAGCACGCGGAGGACCCCCCGGCUGGCAGGGCCGGCACGGCGCGUCAGGUGUCCCAGGGGAGGCCCCUGCGCUCCCGACGCCCCACGGAAGCGAGUGUUGAAGCGCCAGCACCCGAGUCUCUGGGUCCAGCGGAGAAGACGCGAGCCAGGAGGGACAGGAGGGCGCCACUGGGAGCCACACAGGACCCAGAGCCCCCGAACCCGCAGGGGGCAGCCCCCACGGACAGCCGGGCCCCGGCCAGGGGCAAGAGGGCGCCUCUGCCCAGGGCUGCCGAGGAGAGUCCAGCCGGAGCCCCGGCAAAGGCCGCGCCCAGGACCAGCAGGACGGCCGUGGGCCCAGACUCCAGGCCCAGAGUGACCCGGGGCAGCAAGCGAGGUGGUGACGACUCAGAGAAGGAGAACGACGCCGUGGACGCCAAGAAACUCCGCCUUCGGAGCCGGCGGGAGCGCGCGGCUUAG